AGGUAUGGAUGAUCCUGUGAAUGAAGGACAGCAGAUGUGCCAGUCUAUUGUACAGCAGCUGCUGGCCAUAGCAGACAGUGCUUUAUGGGAGCGCUUCAUCCACUGCUUCCUGCUUCACUCCAACUCCACAUCAGUGCGUUGGCAGGCACACUUGUUGUUAUUGAGCAUCUUCAGUUAUGGCAAUACAGAAGGUCAGAACCUGCUGCUGGACCUGAUGUGGGGUGUCUGGCCACAUCUCCCCUCCUACGGCAGGAAGGCAGCUCAGUUUGUGGACCUGCUGGGCUACUUCUCCCUCAAGUGUUCAGUGUUCAAAGAAAAGGCCAGCAGCUACCUGACAAGAGCCUUCUCCCUCCUCAAACAACAGAACAGGGUGUUAGCAGACCACUGCAAUGCAAACAUAUACAAUCUGCUGUCAGGUUUGGUGGAGUUUGAUGGUUUCUACCUGGAGACUGAUCCAUGUGCUGUGUGUAACAACCCAGAGAUGCCGUUUGUGAGUGUGAAACUCUCUGCUGUGAAGGUGGACUCCCGCUUCACCACCACUACCCAGAUCAUCAAGCUGCUCUCACCUCACAUCAUCUCCAAGAUCGCUGUCAGACUAACAGACCUGAAGAGGACUAAAAUGGUGCGAACAGUCCACAUUUACUACAACAACCGAACUGUGCCAAGUAUUGUGGAACUCAAAAACAGACAAUGUAUGUGGCACAGGGCAAAGAAGGUUGUCCUGUCACCUGGCCAGACAGAGGUCAAGGUGGACUUUUUGCUGCCCAUCACUGCCUCCAACCUGAUGAUAGAGUAUGCAGACUUCUAUGACAACCUGCAGGCCUCGGCUGAGACACUCCAGUGUCCCCGCUGCAGCGCCUCUGUACCAGCCAACCCCGGGGUCUGCAGCAACUGUGGGGAAAAUGUGUUCCAGUGUCACAAAUGCCGGUCUAUCAACUAUGAUGAGAAGGAUCCCUUCCUGUGCAACAACUGUGGCUUCUGCAAAUAUGCCAAGUUUGACUUCACAUUGACGGCCAAGACCUGCACUUCUGUAGAUUCUGUGGACAACGAAGAAGAUCGCAAGAAGGCUAUCAGUACUAUCAACAGUCUGCUGGACAAGGCCGAUCGUAUCUACCACCAGCUGAAGGCCCACAGACUUGCCAUCGAGGGUCUGCUGGCCAAGACUUACGGACAUCCAGGAGACACUGCCAUGGAGGAGCCCAGUUCAGGAGGCAGCAGCUCCAGUUCUGUUAGUAAGAUCAUCCAGCAGCUGGCUCACAGGUACUGCACCGACUGUAAGACUGCCUUCGAUGAACUCAGCAAGAUCAUCCAGAAAGUCAUGGCUCUGAGAGAAAAGCUGCUGGGCUAUGAUGAGUUCCAGGCAGAGGGCAGCCAUCUGAGUCAGAUGACUUCAUGUUUCCCCUCCCGACCAAUAUCACCACACCCAUGGACCAGGGAAAUUCAGAAAAGCCGUUGCUACGGCUGUUCUUCAGCUGCAGUCCAGCUGUGUGUGACUCUGCUGCGUGCUCUGGCCACAGAGACUUUCAACAGUGGAGUCCUGGUCAGCCAGGGUCUUGUGCAAGAAGUGAUGUCCUUCAACUUAAAACGUGGGACUCCAGCUGUCAGGAAGGAGGUACGCCAUCUGCUGUGUCUGCUGACAAGGGACAACACCGUGGCCACACAAGAACUGAAUCACAUUUUACAGAGGCGGAUAGGAUCAGCACUGAAAGCGCACAGAACCAAGACAGAGCUGGGCAGUGCUGUGUGUCAUGAACUACUGCUACUUGCUGAUGCAGUUGAGCUUGAAGGAGACUGUUGGGAGGAGCAUCUCAGAUGCACUGUCCAGUUGCUGAUGCUGGCAAUGCAGAGUUCCAAUCCCACAGUUGUAGGCAGCAUUACCUUACCCUGCUUACAGAUCUUACAAUGCCUCAGCAAGCCUCCACAACCUACUUCCAAUAAGAACAAGGAUAAACCAGUAUCAGAACUGGGGAGUCGGCAGUCUCAAGGAGCACAGGUGUAUGUUCAUGCCAAGAGUUGGCUGGAGGGAGAACAGUCUGCUGGCUACAGGUCAUGGAAGGAGAGAGUUCCACAGAGAGAGAAAGCAGAGGUUGAUGCUCGUACCAAGUACCUGAUGGAGAAGUACGGGUGGCGCUGGCAUGAGCAGGUGUUUGGUCCUCCGGUGAAGUUGACUCUGGGCACCAACGCCUGGAUCUACAGGAUCGUCUUCAACCCUGCCUCCCAACAGGCUCGCCAGGCAGCCUGCGACAUCAUCUACACUUUUGCCCAGCAACAAGAGGAACGGUACCAGCAGGUGUUGGAUCUCUUAACAAGGUUUCUGUGUGAACUGGGACCUAUGGGAGAGAACGGGACUGAGUUUAUGGCCUUGUACAAGAAGCUGUCUGCUCCUAAGGAAUGGAAGAAGUACCUCGCCAUCAAGGGCCUCCUACCCCACCUGGGCCAUCUCAUCACCAAGGAGGUUGAACAACUCACGCUGCACGAGGAGAAACAAAAGGGCUCUGACUUAACCAAGGGUUGUGCUCUCAAGAUGCUGACAGAGCUGCUUGCAUCUCUGGUGGAUGUAGAAGUCAUCAAACAACAGUACAAGAAGCGGCUAGUCGGGGUCCUGCUCCACGGUUACCUCUGUCUGCGCAGGCUGCUGGUGCAGAGGACUAAGUUCAUCGAUGAGACUCAAGAGAUGCUACUGGAACUGCUGGAGGACAUCUCAACUGGAAACGAAGCUGAGACGAGAUCGUUCAUGGCAGUGUGUGUGGAAACCCUACAGAAGUACCCUCUGUCUGACCUGGUCACUCCUGUCUUCAUCUUUGAACGUCUCUGCAACAUCAUCUUUCCUGAGGAACAAGAGGCCACUGAAUUUUUCAUGACUCUUGACAAAGACCCUCAGCAGGAAGACUUCCUCCAAGGUCGGAUGCAGGGAAACCCCUACAGCUCCAACGAGCCAGGGCUGGGACCCCUCAUGAGAGAUGUCAAGAACAAGAUCUGCCAAGACUGUGAACUUGUUGCCUUACUUGAGGAUGACAGUGGUAUGGAGCUACUGGUGAACAAUAAGAUUGUCAGCCUGGACCUGCUUGUACAAGAUGUCUACAGGAAGAUAUGGUGUCCAGAGCAUGAGGGUGAAGCCAUGAGAGUUGUGUACAGGAUGAGAGGACUGCUUGGGGAUGCUACAGAAGAAUUUGUGGAAACUUUAGAGAAUACUGCAGAUACGGAGGUGGAUAAUGAGGAAACCUACAAGCUGGCCUCGGUGCUGAGUGAGUGUGGAGGUCUGCAGGCCAUGUUACAGCGCCUGUCCUCCAUCACAGACCUGGUCCGUGGAGGAGACCUGCUGCAGGUCCUUCUGAAGUUGUUCAGCUACUGUGUGAAGCUGAAGGUGAACAGACAGGCCCUGAUCCAGCCCAGUCUCAACACUCUGCCCAUCAUGCUGGGGACUCUCAACCUGGUCCUGCAGGGUGAGCCUGAUGGUGGGGUGGGUGGAGCGGGGUCUCUAGCCCAACAACUGCUGUCAAUCAUGGAGAUGGUUCUUCAAGAAGCCAACCUGGCAGCUGACAGCACAGGCAACAAGACCAACGUUCUGGCCUCAGUGGAAAGGUCUCAGCUCAUCCUCCUCCUGGAGAGCAUCAACCGGCCGUUUGUGCGAGCCCAGGCCAACGUGCUGCAGGCCCUCAUGAGGCUGGUGCCGUUUGUGGCAUUCGGAGCCGAGGAGAAGAUGACAGCUCUCAUGGAGCACUUCAAGCCGUACCUUGCCUUUGAGAGGUUUGACCAGGAUCACACAGCUGAUGAUGAGACUCAUCUGGACUGUUUCUGUCAGAUCAUGAAUGCCAUUGAAAAGAGUCCCAAUGGUGAGCGGCUGAAGGACCUCAUGAUCAAACAUGGUGUGGUCAAACUGGCUAUAGACUACAUCACAGGACAUGCUCCAUCAUCAGCAAAUCUUGACUCUGAUUCGUGGAAAGAGUUCAUUGCCAGACCGGCCCUUCCAUUCAUCCUGCGCAUGCUGACAGGUUUGAGCCAGGGACACCCCCAGACUCAGCUGCUGGUUGGAGAUGCCUGUAUCCUGGUGUUCCAUUGUCUGGAGCAGGUUUCCAGCAAGGAGAGGGUUGGAUCUUUGGCCGAAAAUCUCAUGGAGGCGUUACGGGAAAAUGAGCAAGUUGCCAGCCAGAUUGAAGAUGCUCGUCGCCAGACUCGUGCAGAGAAGAAGAAGAUGGCCAUGGCCAUGAGACAGAAACAGCUGGGUGUCCUUGGAAUGACGACAAAUGAGCAGGGUAAAAUUGUGGCCAAGUCUGGAGUACUGAAACAGAUGGAGGAGCUGAUAGAUGAAGCAGGACUCAUCUGUUGUAUAUGUCGAGAAGGGUACAAGUUCCAGCCUAACAAGGUGUUGGGCAUCUACACUUUCACCAAACGUGCUACUCUGGAAGAGUUUGAAAACAAGCCUCGCAAGAUGCAGGGGUACUCCACAGUCACACACUUCAACAUCGUCCACUACGACUGUCACAUGGCGGCUGUACGCCAUGCACGCGGGCGGGAGGAGUGGGAGAGUGCAGCGCUGCAGAACGCCAACACCAAGUGUAACGGCCUGCUUCCUGCCUGGGGCCCUCAGGUACCCGAGUCAGCCUUUGCCAGCUGUCUGGCUAGGCACAACACCUAUCUCCAAGAGUGCACAGGGAUCCGGGAGCCCACCUACCAGCUCAACAUCCAUGACCUGAAACUGCUGCUGCUCAGAUUUGCCCAGGAAAUGUCCUUCAGCGAGGAGAGUGGAGGGGGAGGGCGUGAGAGUAACAUACGGAUUGUUCCCUAUAUGAUGCACAAUUGCCUCUAUGUCAUCAACACAACAAGGGCUGUGCCCAGAGAGGAGAAGACAAUCAACACUUUCCUGCAGGCCACUCCAGAUAAGUGGGUGGCACUAAGUUAUGAGGUUGAUGGUCCCCUGUACCUGACACUCCUGGCCCUGCUGAUCCUGUCUCCAGAGCGGUGGAAGGAAGUCCGUCUGCAGUUCCUCAGCAUGCUGAUUGUUCUAGCUCAAGCCAGACACCUGGCACCAGGGGGAACCAGCAGACUGCCCAGUGUAGAAGUGCAGAGCUUUGCUGUGUACAAGCCUGUCCUGAUGUACUUUGGACUGAUUGACUGUCUCUACAACAUGCUGCAGAAGGUGGAGGUGGCCCAACCUGAGGAUUGGUCCAAAGCUUUAGCUGCUUAUGUCCGCUCCAAUGACCAACAUGUUCUAGAGGCAGCAGACAAGCUGUUGGAGAAAUACCUGGAGCAGAUGUUACCUGCUGAGUCUGUUAUGGAGUAUCUAGAUGUAGUUGGCUUGCUGGGAGAGGUACAGAGUACAGACACGUUUGUCAGCAGCAUCUUGGCUUCAGUCAACCAAUGAACCAGUACUAUACCGCUGAUGCCAAGCAAUGAAAUGAGAGAGGACCGAGUAUACAAUGUACAUGUAGUUGCAGCUUAGUUUCAUUAGUGUAAUACUUCAAAACCAACAACUGUCAGUCCAUCAAGCAAACUGGAUUUUAUGUACUUUAAGUUAUAAAGCAGUGGCAGUGAUAGGAGAGUGGUUUCGCUAGCAGCAAUGAGUUUGAUUCCUGACAAGAUGUUGUGUCCUGUCUGCACAUGCAGGUGUACAAUGUACAUGUGUAAUCUGACUUCAGUUAUUAUGAUGCCUGUGGUGGAAGUACAAUGUAUAGAGAUGGGCUCAGCCUUGCAAAACACAUUCUACACGUAGUAACAAUUACAUAAAUGCCUAUGGUCUCAAAAAGAUAAUAUAAAUAAAAGGAUGGAUCAGCCAUGCUGAAGUUGUGAUAAACCAGUAGAAAUCUUCUGGGGAGUCAUGGUGAUUUGAAAUGCUAAGGAAAACCUGCACUUAUAAUAAGCAAGUAUAUACAAGACUAGUACAUGUAGACACACUGAGUGACCCCAUAGUACAGUUAUAGCUUGACCGAAUGUCAUACAUGCACUGUUUAGAUCUGGAACAUAAAGUCUUGUCAAUAGGAAUCAUUACACAGAGCGUACAAGAAUAAUAAUAAUUACAUACCAAUAGUGAUACACCUAAGUCCAUUGACAAGUGCAUCAUUGUCGAUACAUGUACCUUGAACACGUGUACAGUGUAUGUUAGAAUUCCUCUUCCUAGUACACUAUGAUUGUACUGUUAACGGGAUAUACAUCGUAUUGUCUGCUCUUUAAUACAAUAUAACUCCAGAAUAUUGGGCAUGCCAUUAUCCAUCAUACAUGAUCUUGAUCUUGAAGGUGACAGAAAUCUUGAACAUGUAAGUUUGGGAUUAUACAGAUGUACCAGGGUGAUACAUCUGCAGAUUAAGUUGUUAAGGUACACCAAAAUGACUGCAUUAAAUAUGUUCAAGCACUA